AUGGUUCAAGAUGGAUUAGGAGGCAACCAAAAUGUGCAUUCUGUUAACGUUAGUGGGGGCCAGUAUGUUGACCGUUCCAUGAUCAAGUGGCAAGGAAGUUUGCGUGAAUUUAGCAGCACUAUAGAAUUGGUAAAGAUCAUCAAUUUAUCAAGCAACAAUUUAACUGGAAAAAUCCCGGAUAAACUAACCGAUCUUCAUAAAUUGAUUGCACUCGACUUGUCAAUGAAUGCUCUAGUUGGAGAGAUUCCAUCCAACAUUGGUCAGAUGAAAGAACUUCAAAUUUUGGAUCUAUCCAGAAACAAUCUAAGAGGAGGACUACCAUCAAGCAUGUCUCAAAUGCCCUUGCUAAACUAUCUAGAUGUGUCGUAUAACAACUUGUCAGGAAAAAUUCCAUCUAGCACUCAACUCCAGUCCUUUGAACCUUCAAGGUACACCGGAAAUGCAGGAUUGUGCGGACUUCCCUUGACCAAAUAUUGUCCAGUAGAUAAAGUAUUAGAAGGUCCACCCGUUAGCCGUGAAAGUAUGGAAGGCGGAGAAGGCAUAGAUGAUCUUCAAAGAUGGUAUUACAUUGGAGGGGCCACAGGUUUUGCUAGCGGAUUUUGGAUGGUGUGUAUUGCUUUAAUUGUUAAUCGCCGUGGCAGACAUGCCUUUUUUCACGUCAUGAAUAGCCUUGAGAAUUGGGUUUAUGUGAAAGUGAUGGUGUUCACUGCAAAAGUGCAAAGGGUUUCACAUCCAUAG